AUUAUUAUUGAGUUUUAAUCUUGUUGUUAAUGUUCCAAUAAACGUUUUAAACAAAUGAACAAAUACAUAAAAAGCACGGCAUCUACAUAAAGAACGAAUAUUUUUCUUUGUAGCCCUAUCCUGAUGUGUAAAAGUCACGGAACUGCUGCCUCCCUGCGUCCGCCUGCAGCCUUCCUUUCCCGGGAUCCAGUGAGCCCUUCUUCCCGGUGGGUCUCCCGUGUAGUAGCGAUGUAGUUCUUAUCAAAGCCCUCCUGUCUUGUUGUGACAGCUCUGAUAAUGUUUAUUGAGGUGGAUGUCAGCUUUAAUUAGCAAUCGAUACGAGGAGCGUUCGCGGAGCGCGUCUCUGACGUCAGCGCCCAUUACCGCUUCUCAUUGGGUCUCAUAUUCCCAGAGCCUGGGCUAAUUAUUGGGAGGUUCGUGUGGAUAAAGUACAGCUCAUCCUUCCCUUCACAUCAUGUCCCCCUCUCGUUGGCCACACUCGCUGCAUGCUUUUUAAAUUCCCAUCACCGGCCUCCAGACGCGGUUUGCCUUUGCCUGCGGGAUGAUGGACAGCAGGAUACUGGAUCCACCUCACGCCCAGUUCGGAGGCUCUCUCGGCGGGAUGGUGGGCUUCCCGUACCAUCUGAGCCACCAUCACGUCUACGAAUUAGCAGGGCAUCAACUUCAAUCUGCGUCCGCGGUUCCUUUCUCAAUAGACGGAUUACUUAAUGGCUCCUGCGCGGCGUCGGUGGGUAAUUCCAACCCCCUCUUGUCUUCAGGCUGCGGGAUGAAUGGAGAUAAUCAGCAGUAUAAACUGACAGACCCCGGGGACCCAGACAAAGACAGCCCCGGCUGCAAGAGGAGAAGAACUCGAACGAAUUUCACUGGUUGGCAGCUGGAGGAAUUAGAAAAGGCUUUUAACGAGAGUCACUAUCCGGACGUGUUCAUGAGGGAGGCUCUGGCUCUCAGACUGGACCUGAUAGAGUCCAGGGUCCAGGUCUGGUUUCAGAACCGCAGAGCCAAGUGGCGGAAAAAGGAGAACACAAAGAAGGGUCCGGGUCGACCUGCUCAUAACGCCCACCCCACCACCUGCAGCGGGGAGCCCAUGGACCCGGAGGAGAUCGCCCGGAGAGAGCUGGACCGGCUGGAGAAGAAGAAGCGAAAGCAGGAGCGUCGGCUGCUCAAGUCCCAGAACAAACUGGUUUCUGGGGAUUUGUUUCACACGCCGGGCUCAGACAGCGACAGCGGGGUGUCGCAUGUCACCGACAGUGACCACAACACGUGCCCACCCUUUGACUCUGUGGGGGGGAACCCGUCCAGGUGCGAACUGACAUCCCAAAACCAGAACCAAAGACACUUAGACCGGGACGCUAGUGGCUCCGAGCUGGACUCGCCCGACCCCUGCCACCGGUCAAGCACCACCAGAGCCUCUAGUCUGCAGAAACUCAACCCUUUCAGCGUGGAAAGCCUCCUUUCGGACUGCAGACCGAGACGCAGCCCCGCGGCCUUACCCUCCUCGCGGCCUUUGAUCGGGAAGGGACACUUCCUGCUCUAUCCCAUCACUCAGCCGCUCGGAUUCAUUGUUCCUCAGACUGCACUGAAGACACCAACGACAGCGGUGAACGGUGACAGCGACGCCCCGGAGGACGGGAGCCAGCCCGGUGACGCGCGCUGCAGGAGCAGCUCUCCGGACUGCGCGCAAAAGGGACAGCUGGGGUCAGAGGACAAGACCAGUUCACCGCACAUGAGCCCGUCCAGGGCCGCCUUUUCCAGUGGAAAACACUGCUCUGUUAUUUGCAGCGACUCGACUUUUGAACACGACACGGACACAAAAGAGCACAAUCCCAGCGACUGUCCUACACUAACAAACUCUAAAGGAGACAUGGAAUAAGGCAGCGCGUAAAAACAAAACAGAAGCAACAACCAUCUUUCAUUAGGCCAAAGCUUCACACCAUAAUCUGCUGAUUUUUUAAAUUCCCUCUUUUUUCAGUGAGUGUGAGAGAGAGUCAGGAGUGUCUAGAUGUCCUUUAAUGUGUGAUGACUUGUUUAAAAAAACACAAGACCAACAAAAAUCCUCAAGAGCUGUAAGAAAGGUAUUAUACUAUUUAUAUAUGUAAGGUUUUUCUUAAAUAAAUCUAUUGUAUACAAGCA